AUGGCUGGUAAGACCAGUACAUCAGGAAGCAGUGCUGGGAAGACCAGCGAUUUAAAGGAGAGGGCUGAGGGCGGCAGUGGAUCGGAGAUGAGAGCUGUAGCGCCCAAAGCAUCAGUGGUGCAGACUGAAGAAUCCGGAGUAGUAGCGAAGAAGGCGGCUGGAAAGUCCAGCCAAUCAGUGCAGAGAGUUGCGGAGACCAGUGAAUCGGAGAAGAGAGCUGAAAAGAACCCCGAUUCGGGGAAAAGAGCUGAAAAGAACCCCGAUUCGGGGAAAAGAGCUGAAAAGAACCCCGAUUCCGGGAAAAGAGCUGAGGAGAACCCCGAUUCGGGGAAGAGAGCUGCGGAGAGCAGCGAAUCGACGAAGAGAGCUGGGGAGACCAUCGAAUCGGAGAAGAGAGCUGGGGAGUCCAGCGCACCGAGAAGGAAGUCGGGGGAGACAAGCCCUUCCGCUCGUGGAGCUGGUAUCAAGAACACUGUGCAAAUGACUGUCAAGGAUCUGAAGGAUGGCAACGGCUUCAAUCGGAUUACCUUCAUUCGUAAGGUGCUUUUCGACUGCUGCGGCUUUAAGGUAGAUGAUCUGUACUGUGUGCAGGAUUUCCCGAGUUACUAUGAUGUCACCUUACGGCGUGCCGAGGGGUGGCGGAAAAUGCGCCAGUGCUUAUCCGAGAAGGGGAGCGAGGCGCCGCUGUCGCUAUUUAAAGUGCAACCUCUCUUUGCCGAGGGGUCGCAGGAGAGAACAGUUACGGUACACAUGUUUAAUCCCUAUGUACCCGUCGUCGACGUUCUCACUUUCCUAGCACGUUGUGUAGAGAGAGUGUGGGGGUGUGAGGACGUUGACGACAUUCUGGGAGUUUGGACAUCUAAACGGCAGGUCAGGGUUAAGUUAAGGACCGACACCAAUGGCUAUGUCAUCCACCCACCCUCAGCCUUUGCGAUCGGAGGGAACCGAGGCUACCUGGUUUACGCCGGACAACCGAAACUGUGCCGAAACUGCGGCAAGCCGGGGCACAUCGCGGCCCAGUGUAAGGCUGUGGUGUGCAGAAACUGCAAGGUGGAGGGCCACCUUACAAAAGACUGCACGGAGGCCAAAUCCUGCAACCUCUGUGGGCAGGCGGGCCACCUUUAUAGGACCUGUCCGAAAAGGGUGGGCUCCUAUGCACAGGUGGCCAGGGGUAGUGAUGACACCGGGAUAGCCCCAGCUGGAGUGGAGGUGCCCGCCGUCUCUGUAGAGGAGACGCAGGUUCCGAUGGAGGGACAAGAGCACACCCUGAGCUCCCCCUCCACCUUGCAGGACACCCAAGACCCCCCGCUUGAUGAGGAGGAGUCAAUGGAAGAGGGGAGGGCCGAGGGGGAAGAGGAAAAGUGGAGGGUGGUCACGAAACGGAAAAAGACCCUAAAGAUGCCGCCAAAAAGACAAAGGGCGGAUAAAUUGGAGAGCAGGUGGAAGACUUAA